CCCACAGCGGGGAGAGCCGGGAGCCGGCGGGACCGCUCCCCCCACCGCGAACCGGCACCGGCACCGGCACCGGCUGGCCCCCCAUCCUUGCAGCCCCCCACCAUGGCUUGCAGCCUGAAGGAUGAGCUGCUCUGCUCCAUCUGCCUGAGCAUCUACCAGGACCCGGUGAGCUUUGGCUGUGAGCACUAUUUCUGCCGCCGCUGCAUCACGGAGCACUGGGUGCGCCAGGAGCCCCAGGGCACCCGGGACUGCCCCGAGUGUCGCCGGACCUUCGCCGAGCCCACCCUGGCCCCCAGCCUCAAGCUGGCCAACAUCGUGGAGAGGUACAGCGCCUUCCCCCUGGAUGCCAUCCUGGGUGCCCAGCGGAGCCCCUUCCCCUGCAAGGACCACGAGAAGGUCAAACUCUUCUGCCUCACCGACCGCGCCGUCGUCUGCUUCUUCUGCGACGAGCCCGCUGUGCACGAGCAGCACCAGGUCACCAAUAUGGAUGAUGCUUUUGAGGAGCUGCAGCGGGAGCUGAAGGAGCAGCUCCAGGGGCUCCAGGAGAGCGAGCGUGGCCACACAGAAGCCCUGCACCUUCUCAAGAGGCAGCUGGCUGAGACCAAGUCCUCAGCCAAGAGCCUGCGGGUGACCAUUGGGGAGGCUUUCGAGCGGCUGCACCGGCUGCUGCGGGAGCGGCAAAAGGCGAUGCUGGAGGAGCUGGAGGCUGACACAGCCCGGACCCUGACUGACAUCGAGCAGAAAAUCCAACGCUACAGCCAGCAGCUCCGGAAGGUGCAGGAGGGCAGCCAGAUCCUCCAGGAGCGCCUGGCAGAAGCUGACAAACACGUCUUCUUGGCUGGUGUUGCAUCCCUUUCUGAAAGGCUGAAGGGGAAGAUCCACGAGACCAACCUGACCUACGAGGACUUUCCCACCUCCAAGUACAUGGGCCCUCUGCAGUACACCAUCUGGAAAUCCCUCUUCCAGGACAUCCAUCCUGUGCCAGCAGCCCUGACACUGGACCCUGGCACCGCUCACCACCGCCUGAUCCUCUCUGACGACUGCACCAUCGUGGCUUAUGGCAACCUCCACCCCCAGCCCCUGCAGGACUCCCCCAAACGCUUCGACGUGGAGGUCUCAGUGCUGGGCUCCCAGGCUUUUUCCGGAGGGGUCCAUUACUGGGAGGUGGUGGUCUCAGAGAAGACCCAGUGGAUGAUCGGGUUGGCCCACGAGGCUGUCACCAGGAAGGGCAGCAUCCAAAUCCAGCCCAGCCGGGGCUUCUACUGCAUCGUCAUGCACGACGGGAACCAGUACAGCGCCUGCACCCAGCCCUGGACACGGCUCAACGUCAGGAGCAAGCUGGAGAAAGUCGGGGUUUUCCUGGACUACGACAAAGGGCUCCUCAUUUUUUACAACGCCGACGACAUGUCCUGGCUCUACACCUUCCGGGAGCGUUUUCCUGGGAAGCUCUGCUCCUAUUUCAGCCCUGGACAGAGCCAUGCCAACGGGAAGAACGUCCAGCCCCUCCGCAUCAACACUGUCCGCAUCUAA